CACAAUUAUCAUCCACGCUCACCACCAAGGUUAAGCACAGUGCUCCACCAAGCACGAACGCGUUAACGAAGAAUGCACAAUCGUCGUUAAAACAUCAUAAUUAAGAGACAAAAACAACGCGCACAGAUUUUGAUUUGCUAUGCAAAACACUUCGUUCUUUAAAGAAGAUCUCGCGUCCUCGGAGCUGCCACAUUUAUCAACCAAAAGUCGGUUUCUUGCUUCACUUUUUACUUUCUUAGCUGAACGAAGAGUUCCUCUGAGUUAUGAUGUGAGCAUAGCCGGUCGUCCAGUUUGCUUGUGUACUCUAUACCGAAAAGUCAGUGAAUUAGGUGGGUACGAUGAAGUUUGUAAAUCUGGAAAUGAGCAAUGGAAAAAUAUAGCACAGUCGCUUGAUCUCCCUGGGCCGAAUGUUGGAAGAAAAUUAGCCUCAAUUUACUUUCAUUACCUAAUUGCUUGGGAAUUAAAAGAUAAAUGGGAUUUGACACCACCACACGUGGACUUGCUAGAGAACUCAAACUACAGAGAUCAUAUUGUUGAUCGGAUAAAAGCUCUUGAAGAAAAACCGGUUGCGGAGGCAAAAGACGCCAUUGCGUUUACUAUUAAAGACACAAAUGAAGUGAACCCUCCAGCCGCUUCAAUGCACAAUCUGCCAUCUAUUCGAAGUUUCUACGAAAAUGACACCGAAACUUCGAAUAAUCAAAAAAAGUCGUCAACACCCUUUGACACAUUACUUCCAAACAACAUGUACUUUGCAAGCUCAACUCUACCCACUGCCCAAAUCCGAGCCUUACCCCUUCCCUCCACGUUAAAUAAGCUUACACAACCGCCGGCGGCUGCUACUCCCAAGUUAGGAAUGGGCCUUCCCGGCCCACCUCUGCUUGUCCGUGUUUCGCUAGCCAUGAAGUCCAAUUUUCCCGAUGAAGUAGAUUGGGCACUGGGGCACUUGAUCAAAAUUUCUUUUGAACGUAGUCAAGAGUUCAAAUUAAAACGUCUCCCUGGACUAGCAGAAUGUCUGAUGGAAGGUUUACGGCAACAAAUCACUCGUUUACAUUAUUAUCAACAUGAGGAUACAUACUAUGAGCAUCUCGACCGAGCACUUGCCGCUGCUCUUGUUCUUCGAAACGCGGUACUCAAUUUGGAAAAUGCUCAACACGUGGCACUUUCUUCUCAUGUUGCUGACAUAUUGGAGUUGGGUGUACGCUGUGCUUUAGAAGUGAAAUGUACAGAACUGUUACAGUACAUUUUAGAUAUUGCCGAACUCGAAGCAUCCUACAUCAGUAUCACCAGCGAAAAAAAUGAGCUUUACAAAACACUUUGCAGGCUCCUUAAAUCCCAAGAUCGGUCUAUACUAAUUGCGGCACUUCGGACCCUGGCCCGCUUGGCGUUGAAUGAUGACAACAAUCGUUUGCUGCAAGACAUUGAUGAUGAGGCGAUCGGCCGUGUAAUAAUGUUGACUGCAACCGAGGACGAGGAAGUAAUUGGUGCAACAUUGGAUUUAUUAUAUCAGUACACAACAUACAGAUCUAACACCCAAGCGUUACUAAGACGAUCAGAUGUUUGGACGCUUGUUGAACACUUAAUACGUCUUAUGCUUUUCCAAGCACAGGAACGUUAUAUGGCCAUUCACCUUCCAACUCUGAACGCGUCAAGCGAAAAUACUGGGUACGUCGGCCUACCCCUUUCCGAAUUACAGCAAUUGCUCUCUGUCCAAGAACCAGAACGGUGCAUCAGAUGGAUGCGAAUGUGUUUUGAUGCAAAUCCAAAAGACUGUGUUUUGCAGACUGACAUCUGGCAAUUGUAUUGUUCCAAUAUGGAGAAGAUACAAGGCUCUUCUCAGAUGGGAAUUAGCCCGGCUGAUUUCAUCAAGGUUUCUAGUCAUGCAUUUCCCAAUGCCCGUGCAAUGACUGUUGCUACCCCAAAGCAACCAGUAGAGUAUGUGAUUAACGGAAUUAGGCGGCGACGAGUACCACUUUCAUUACAAGGAGAGCGUUUUGAAACCUGCUUAUGGAAGCAUACAAAUGGUCCCAUUUGUGGUGCUCAACUUGCUGGUCCCUCAGCAUUAUAUGCCCACGUUCAGCAACACAUUGCUUCUAUGCCAACCGUACCGACUACUUGUCAGUGGGCAAAUUGCAAUUACAGUAGACUCCCGUCUAACGGUGUUGCUGGUAGAGCGAUUGCUGCAGGUAUAGUUGCUCACAUGCUAACUCACCUUCCUCCGCCUCCGUCAAAAGACUUAUUACCUUCUAUCUUUGGAAGGCAAACGAGUGCCACAAAAGACUUUAGAGUUCCUUUACUGCAGACGGCCGUGGACGAGCGGGGUGAUGCCACAGGAACGGCCUUAACAGCAACCCUCGUUCUUCGGAAUUUAGUUCGUUCAAAGCAGGGCCGAAUUCUGUUCACAGUGAUUGAACGUCGUGUCAUUAACAUCAGUACGGUGAACCCUUCCAUUGCUCCUUACAUCAGUGAAAUGUUGCUUGGGCAACCUUAAUGUAGUAACGAAGUAUUGAUACGGCAAAUGUUCAUUUACGGUAAGGAUCAGUAGAUUCCAAAUUUUUGUAGAAAAUCACGACGUUGUUUCCUUGCAACUAUCGUUCUAUUAUUAAAAAUACUACCGGUGUGGAUGCUACCGUUCCACAAUUCUAUCUCUUUCCAAAAAACAGCAAAUAAUAAUUUGUGAGAAUAGUUGUAAACAAGAAAUCGCUUGU